GAGCAAAAGUUCAGAAUCAUCAUACAAAAAUGCGAAAUAGGAAAUGCUUAAAACGCUGGUCAAUCUUACGGCAACACUAUUUCGGUUGGUUAAACAUCCGGCCAACAAAUACUGGAAACGGAACAGAGUUUUUCAAUAUUGCGGGCACUUCUACGGGCGCCGCAGGAACGUCUAUAGCGUCGCCAUCAGGUCACUGUGGAAAGCUUGGGAGCAUGCACAAAGCGGCCGAGUAUCACACAGACGCAAUGUAGGCACUUUAUGGAGCUCUAGGAUUGGCGCUGCAGCCGAGGAGCUUGGUGUUCGGGGAGGAUAUUUUCCAUUUGUUCAUGGUUUGGCAAGAGCUAGCAUUGCGCUUGAUAGAAAAUUACGUCAACUGUGUCGUAUACGCAAGGCUUCAUACAAAUGCUUGCCAGAGGAUCAGAGAUGAACGUAACAAAAAGGUUCGGUAUGGUCUACUCCCGAAGAUUCCUUAACCCGUAUAUAAACACUGACGACUGGCAGGUAGGGCCGUUAAUACUCAACCGCGUAGGCAAAUAUGAUAUAUGUCGGAAGCAACCAAAUUUGGGCAACCGAAAGGCGGCUUUCCUUGAACAAACAUCAAGAUGUUCUAUGGAGGAGCAGAUAAGGGCUCUCGUUAAUAGUGGCUUUGGAUUACUUAUUUUUGUGAAUUAUUUUCCCGCUCCUCUUCCUCAAUUGGAAACCAGCCAACUGCCCCGAAAUCAAGUGCCGGUUUGCUUCAUAUCCGAAAAUACAGCUUUUAAUUUUGAUGCGUAUCUGUCUGAGUUUUAUGUCGUCGUAUACGCUACUGGAUGUGCCACUUGAAAAAGAACAUUUGAUUAGGCAAGUUGCUGUAGUCAACACACAGACGAAAACGGGUUCAAUUCAACUUCAUUAUGACCUUUAUCGUAUAUAUUGGUAUUCAUUGUAUGCGUGGGUUUUGUGAAUAAAGCAUGUAUAUCGAGUGUUUACCGUAGGUGCUGAAAGAGGCAACGUGUUUGAGUUACUGUACUUAGCUGCAAAAUGAAGUGUUUCGGUAAUUCAUUGUGAGUUCGAAAAGUUGACGGCUAAUAGGGAUCAUCGGUGUUACCAGAUAACUAAACAACUCGUUUUUAUUACCCUCUAGUAGUAUUAUUGUUUAUCAGCUUCGCAGAACUUCGUCCUUUUGUUACCUGAGUAGCUUCGUGGUAAGAGAUUUUUCACAGCAUGCUACAAGUACUUAGACACUACUAGUACGAGUUGUGCAUCGGUAUUUGAGUACUAGAAUUGCGGUUCUAAAACACCGUGCGUUCUCGGAAAGCUUAUAGGCUUUAAAAAUGCAGAAAACUUGAGCCGAAUUCCAAAUUACAUGCGUUCGUUUAAAGGCAUCGACUCAUUUCGAGAACGGCGAACUUGUCGGCUCUAAUGGAACGCAAUGCUAUUGGAUUGAUUGCAAUUUACCACUGACCUGCCAAUACCUAUAUAAGAUUAUUAUACCUUAUAUAGGUGUUGGCAGGUGACUUCAAAUAUUCAUGGACUCUUACAUCACUUAUGGACAUUUAUGGACCUUAAGGGUCCAUUUAUACUUGAUUUCUAUUAUCUAUUCCAGUAUGAAAUAAACUUUUUUAAAAAUUAUAUU